AGAGAGAGAGAGGGGUAGCUAUUGGAAGAGAAGAAACGGAUAAGAGAGUUGAUGAUAGUCAGAGUCUCUGAAGAACCGCAAUGGGUUUCGCACUGUCAUUGACUCUAGCAGCUCCAACCUUCUCGAACGUUCCUACUCUUCAAUCUCGCUCUCCUCUCUUUUGCGCUAUGAGAUUCGGUUCAAAUAAUUCGCGCAUUCAGAGGAUCCGUUCUGAAUCCCAAAAUGGAGCUGUUGUCGCUGCAGAGAGUGAAAUUCCAGAGUCUUCUAAUUACGGAAGACACUACUUCCCACUCGCCGCCGUUGUUGGCCAAGAUGCUAUCAAAACUGCUCUAUUGCUUGGCGCCAUUGACCCUGCCAUUGGUGGAAUUGCCAUUUCUGGUAGGCGUGGAACCGCCAAAACUGUCAUGGCACGUGGAUUGCACGCGGUCCUCCCACCUAUUGAAGUUGUCCUUGGUUCCAUUGCAAAUGCUGAUCCAUCUUCCCCUCAAGAGUGGGAAGAUGGUCUUGACCAGCGCGUGGAAUAUGAUUCCGAUGGAAAUGUUAAAACUCGUAUUGUAAAGUCUCCCUUUGUGCAGAUUCCUCUUGGAGUCACAGAGGACAGACUCAUUGGAUCGGUUGAUGUUGAGGAGUCUGUGAAAACAGGCACAACUGUUUUCCAGCCUGGCCUACUUGCGGAAGCUCAUAGAGGUGUUUUAUAUGUUGAUGAGAUCAAUCUUUUGGAUGAGGGUAUUAGUAAUUUGCUCCUUAAUGUACUGACUGAAGGAGUCAAUAUUGUUGAACGCGAGGGAAUCAGCUUCAAGCACCCCUGCAGGCCCCUCUUGAUUGCUACCUACAAUCCAGAAGAGGGUGCUGUUCGUGAACAUCUAUUAGAUCGUGUAGCAAUUAAUUUGAGCGCAGAUCUUCCAAUGAGUUUUGAAGAACGCGUUGCUGCUGUUGGAAUUGCUACAGAAUUUCAGGAAAAGAGUAGCCAAGUGUUUAAAAUGGUCGAAGAGGAAACAGACAGUGCAAAAACUCAGAUCAUCUUGGCUAGAGAGUAUCUAAAGGAUGUUUCCAUUAGCAGAGAACAAUUGAAGUACCUGGUUUUUGAAGCUUUACGAGGUGGUUGUCAGGGGCACAGAGCUGAGCUAUAUGCUGCUCGUGUUGCAAAGUGCUUAGCUGCUCUGGAGGGACGUGAUAAGGUUUAUGUGGAUGACCUGAAAAAAGCUGUAGAACUGGUUAUUCUUCCCCGGUCAAUUGUUAGUGAGAACCCACCAGAGCAGCAAAAUCAGCAGCCUCCCCCUCCACCUCCACCUCCCCAAAACCAAGAAGGCGAUGAACAGAAUGAAGAAGAAGAACAAGAGGAUGAAAAUGAUAAAGAGAAUGAGCAGCAGCAAGAGCAAUUACCUGAAGAGUUUAUCUUUGAUGCUGAAGGUGGCUUGGUAGAUGAGAAACUUCUCUUCUUUGCCCAACAAGCUCAGAGACGCCGUGGGAGGGCUGGAAGGGCAAAGAAUGUCAUAUUUUCAGAGGAUAGAGGCCGGUACAUCAAGCCAAUGCUUCCAAAGGGCCCUGUAAAGAGAUUAGCAGUUGAUGCAACCCUUAGAGCUGCUGCACCUUACCAAAAGUUGCGGAGGGCAAAAGACUCUGAAAGUCGUAGAAAAGUAUUUGUUGAGAAAACUGACAUGAGGGCGAAGAGAAUGGCACGAAAAGCUGGAGCUUUGGUGAUAUUUGUAGUUGACGCAAGUGGAAGCAUGGCAUUGAACAGGAUGCAGAAUGCGAAAGGUGCAGCACUUAAACUUCUAGCUGAAAGUUAUACAAGCAGGGAUCAGGUAUCUAUAAUUCCCUUCCGUGGAGAUGCAGCUGAAGUUCUCUUGCCACCUUCGAGAUCAAUUGCAAUGGCAAGGAAAAGGCUUGAAAGGCUUCCAUGUGGUGGAGGUUCACCUCUUGCCCAUGGUCUUACCACGGCUGUUAGGGUUGGAUUGAAUGCUGAAAAAAGUGGUGAUGUUGGGCGUGUGAUGAUUGUUGCAAUCACUGAUGGCAGAGCAAACAUAUCCCUAAAAAGAUCAACUGACCCGGAAGCUGCUGCUGCCUCUGAUUCCCCCAAACCUUCAGCUCAAGAUUUGAAGGUACGGAAUGAGGAUAUGACCAACAAUUUCAACUUCCUAUUUUACCUUUCUUGCUUGUCCCUAAAAGAAUUCUGUUGGUUCCACCUUGUUUUCUCAACGGGUUUCGCCAAGGAAAUUGCUAGAGUUGCCCAAGGGAAGUAUUAUUAUUUGCCAAAUGCUUCAGACGCUGUUAUCUCAUCGGCAACAAAGGAUGCUUUAUCAGCGUUGAAGAAUUCAUGAAGCUCUGAGAACUAAGUAGCCAUUAGCCAAGCACGACCCAUUUUUCUUUUAUCUGUUUUGCUCCACCUUAAUGUAAAUUGUGUAUCAUGCGAUGAUCUAUCAUCUUUUUAAGUCCAAGGAAGUAUCUUAAUAACGGUUUCCGCUCUAUCUGUUUAUAAGUAUAAUUAUUGGUAUCUUCCAAAUGAGAAAUGUACAAAUGCAGAUUUGAGA